CCGUCACUACGUGAACGACAGUCGUUCGAUACGGUUCUUAGCGUGCGGCGCAGUUUGCUGAAACGACGAAACGAAUAUCUAGUGACCGAACAAAAGUUUAAUCAUCAGUCCGCAAAAAUUCGAUUCGAUUCCAUUUUGGUUGUCCCGUGGUGGGACAAAAGGUAGCGGAAACGCGGAAAUGUGAACCUACUUCGGAAAUUAAAACGGAUUACGGGACGAACAGGAAGUAUAGCGCGCACGGCUCAUCGUCGCGACGGGUGCCUUGGAUCGGAACCAAGGGCCAUUACUUUGUGAUUGGGACAAUUUUGUUUUCGUUUCGUUCGCAGAAAAUACAAUGGCGACUGUCGUCUUCGUCGCUGUGGAAAAGUGAAUAAUAUUUUUAUUUCAUCGGGGAAUGGAAGUGUUUUCAAGGUGUUGAAGGAAAUUUCGAUAGCGUAUGCGGAAAUGGUUUUUCGUUGGAGUGAUUUUUCAAUGGAGCAGCAAACUGUUGUUUUUGUUUGAACAAAAAAAUCGAUUGGGUUCGUUUUCAGAAUAAAGUUUUGAAUUGGAAUAUUCCUGUCAUCAAUUCACUACCAAGUAUGCCAGAACCGGACUCCACUGCAGCAGACAAAGGUCCACUAUCAUGCUAGAACGCAUCAGCGCCCCGCUGCAGCACCGCUUUUGCCAUUCAUUCGCCAUUUCACUGAAUGGUGAACGUCGUCAUCAACGUCGGCUGCCGACACGACAUCAACGCUGCUAAUUUAAUCGAGCUGACAUUACCAUCCAUCGCAUCGCCUUACGCUACAGGCCGUAUCAGCUGUUUGUACAUUGAUUAGUACCUACUGAAGCAAAGUGUGUGAAAAGAGUCCUUACGCAAGGCUUAAAGUGCUACAAUUAUUUCCGUUCGAAGGGACUCGUAUACGAUUAUCGAGAAAUAAAGUGACAUGAUUUGAUGCAGCUUAGACAAAGUCUAGCAAUAGUGCUGCGUCCAAAACAAAACACUGGGGUUUUCUGUGAUAGUGGCAACCGAUAGGAUGGCCAUGUCGAUGGUGAGCUGCUUCUUAAUUAGAAGCCUUCUGACCAACUACCAUUUAGUCCUGCUGCUCUCAGUCUUCCUACUGACGAAAAGUGCCAAGGGGGACAUCCUUGUCUAUCAGCAAGAUCAGUUGUUGGAGGAAUUUCGUGACUUCCCGGCCACCUUUGGAACGGAUAUUCCGGAGAGUGGCAUUAAGGUACGGGCCGUCCGGGCGGAACCGUACGAUGGUUGCUCGACCAUGGUGGGCCCACCGGAGAAUGUCACCUCUAUGGGGACCAUUGGUGUUCCGACGCGGUUUGUCGUCAUUGUAGCGAGGUACAAUUGCUCGUUCGAGGUGAAGGUUCGCAAUGCGCAGAAUGCCGGGUACGCUGCCGUGAUUGUACACAACGUUGGAAGCAACGAUUUGGAACGCAUGUCGGCUAACCAUGCCGAUGACAUCAUGAUUCCAUCAGUCUUCAUCGGCGAAAGCAACGGCAUCUACAUAAUCGAGAGUUUCCUUUACCCGUUGCCCUACGCGCUAAUCAUAACCGAUGACAUACCGUUCAACAUCAACAACAACCUAAUCAUCCCAUUCGCCAUCAUUGUGGGUCUUUGCUUCUUCAUAACGGUGUGCUUCAUGAUCAUACGUUGCAUUCGGGAACGACGCCGCAGAUUGCGACACCGUUUGCCCAACAGUAUGCUGAAAAGAAUUCCGAUUGUGAAGUUUGCCAAGGGGAUGCACUACGAUACUUGUGCAAUCUGUCUGGAUGACUACGUAGACAACGAGCGGCUACGGGUGCUACCCUGUCAUCACGCUUAUCACGUCAAGUGUAUCGAUCCAUGGCUAACGAAAAACCGUCGAGUUUGUCCGAUUUGCAAGCGAAAGGUUUUUGCCCGUGGGGAACGCAGGCCGCCGCGGCGCCGUUCAUCCAGCGAUAGCAUGUCCUCGUCCGAUCCGGACGAGCACACUCCACUGCUAAACCCGGUCAAUAACCAACCGACUGCGGCGAGUUCAACAGUUGCUGAACCAGCGAACUAUCAAUCAAACGAAGGAGCGGAUGGUGCCACUAGUUCAAGAACGGCGAGUAUCAUCCACGUGGUCAAUAUGACCUCCGAAGACGAGGAGUUGCUCGAUUUAUUCCACGCCAGGGCAUUGCAAAUCGCACGGCACUUGUCGAACCGUCAUACCGUGCCGCAGCCUUCCGCGCAACCGGCCAGCAUCGAAGAGGGAGGCGAAUCACCAUACAGUUCCAUUGUUGACGAACCUGCCACCACGUCCGCAUGGUCCCGAUUUGUAAACAAAAUGCGCUUUUUCGGUCGCAAUGAACCGAGCCAUGAGAUCCUUUCGGACGAAGACGACGAUGAUGUCGAGCCAGCCAUCGGUGACACGCACCCGAUCGCCACCGUUAGCCGCAGUUCCGCUGCCGCCAGCAACAACAUCCUGAACAGCAAUCUCAGUGGGUCGUUCCACGGAGAGGAAACAACAGACGACGAGAUGGUGGGCGCUAGCUUCCUCGACGAUGCUAAGCGGCGUCUGAUCCGAUCCGCACCCAAUCUUCCCUUGGCCAGUGGAAUGGCUAGCGGUUCGUUGGGUAGCUCAGGCGCUCGUGUCGGGGUGGCAGCUCUACCAAAUGUUAACUUUAAUCCCGGUCGAGCAAGCCGAAAUACGGGCGAUCCGGGUCGACGUAAUAACCGGCCCGAAGGUGGUACUAGCAGCUCCCGCGGUCACUAUCCCGUGUAAAUAGCUAGUUGAAAUGGAUAACCGGCUAAGGUAAGUCCAUUGUUCUUCAUAUUUUUAAGGGAGGAAAAAUGAAUUCGAGAAUAAACUAAUCGGAGAAGUGAUAACGUGCAAGUGGAUAAUUGUAAUUCACCGUAUUAGGUCUAGCAGUCCAAGACACGCAGCGAAUGUAACUUCCAUUUAUAUAUGUUCGGUUAGUGCAGCUUGGGCUUCUUUCGUUACUUUGUACCAUAAGUACCUAACACAUUUGUUCGUAUUCAUUUUUGUGUCAUUUUAUUGGAAAUCAACUUUAUACUUGUUUGUAAGACACCUAUGGGAUCUUUAGAUAAUAAAGAUACAUCAAUCGGAAAUUGUAUAACAGAAAGCCUGAAUGUGAUCGGAUUUUUUAAAGUCGUUUAUUUUUAAAUAUUUUAUUCAUUAUGAACACUAGCAGUAAACAUAAUAAAAAAUAACCGAAUGAAGGAAAUUCCAAUGUGUUGAGCCCAAAUUGUGGUACAGCUAUAUUGCGGGAGACAGAUAUUUAUCCAUUUUUGUUCUGGUAGUGGAUGUUUGCGUUGUUAGAAUUUAGAUUUGACCUACCUUCUAAUUGAACAGUUGAAUUAGUUUUUUUAGGUGAUGUCGGAUAAGCGAAUCUAACACACACAUUAAAUAAUGUAUUCUAUGCUAUCGAUCAACAACAUUAUAUUAUUUUUUACCAACGAAAUUAUUCUGAGUGUUAGAUGUAAUCUGCGUAUAGUUUCAGUUGUAUUCCUAUUUGAUUAAUCACACCUCCUUCAUAGGAGAAAUAUCCUAAAUUGUUUCAUGCUUUGAAUUAAUGGCGAAACGAUAAUUACCGCGCAUAAUGCAUUCGUAGAUGCUGUACAAUAUUAGUCAUCUAUUAUAAUAGUAAAUGUAAGAUAACAUAUGUAUCUCGGAUGAAAAAAACAACAACAUAACGGGAGAAGAAACUUGGAUUCAUCUGUACUAGUUUAACCACGACGGUAUAGUUCAUGUUUAUAAGCGAAAUGUAUCUCCUAUCGCGGUAAAAAUGUUAAAACUUGGAAACAACUCUUUACUGCCAGUCGAGUCUGCUGCUGGAAAAUCGUGUUGUUUGCCAUAGCGUACGGUACCUAAAUAGUAAAAUACAUUAUAAUCGACCUAUAAGCGAAACUAUGGUGAGCAAAACUUGAGAGUUAUUACAUUUGCAUGAAAAAUCAUCCAAAAACAAAUGGAAAAAUCUUUAUGCAGACAGGUGUAAAAUGAUAAUGUAUUUAGUGCACUAAGUAGUUCUCUGGUACGUAGCAUCCCGCAGGAUAACUCGCAAAACACAAGAAACAAGGGAACGCAGAAUGGAAUAAACUGAAUUUGACUGAA